AUGCCUUAUGCCUUAUCUGAAUCUCAUAAACAGCUAGUUGAAGGUCACUUAAAGGAUACUGAUCCUCAAGUUGAUCAAAUUAUAAAAGAUGAAAUCGAUAGACAGAGACAUUCUAUCGUCUUGAUUGCAUCUGAAAAUUUCACUACUACCGCAGUGUUCGAUGCCUUAGGAACCCCAAUGUCUAAUAAGUACUCUGAAGGCUAUCCUGGAGCCAGAUACUAUGGUGGUAAUGAACAUAUAGAUAAGAUGGAACUUUUAUGUCAAGACAGGGCUUUGAAGGCUUUCGGUCUCACACCAGACAAGUGGGGAGUUAACGUACAGACAUUGUCCGGCUCUCCUGCCAACUUGCAAGUCUAUCAAGCUAUUAUGAAGCCUCAUGAGAGAUUAAUGGGUUUGGACUUGCCACAUGGGGGACAUUUAUCACAUGGUUACCAAACUGAUUCUCGUAAGAUAUCAGCUGUUUCCACUUACUUUGAGACAAUGCCCUACAGAGUUGAUCUUGAAACUGGCUUGAUCGACUACGACAUGUUGGAAAAAACCGCAGUUUUGUACAGACCGAAGGUUAUAGUCGCUGGAACUUCAGCUUAUUGUCGUUUGAUUGACUAUAAGAGAAUGAGAGAAAUUGCAGACAAAGUGGGCGCUUAUUUAGUUGUUGAUAUGGCACACAUUUCUGGUUUAGUUGCUGCUGGUGUAAUCCCGUCCCCAUUCGAGUAUGCUGAUAUUGUAACUACUACUACACACAAAUCUUUGAGGGGUCCAAGAGGUGCAAUGAUUUUCUUCAGAAGAGGUGUUAGAUCUGUGAAUCCAAAAACUGGCCAAGAAAUUAUGUAUGAUUUGGAAAAUCCAAUUAAUUUUUCUGUUUUCCCUGGACACCAAGGUGGUCCUCAUAAUCAUACCAUUGCGGCUUUAGCUACUGCUUUGAAGCAAGCCUCUACUCCUGAGUUCAAAGAAUAUCAAGAGCAGGUCUUGAAGAAUGCUAAAGUCUUAGAAGAGGAGUUUAUCAAGAGAGGUUACAAAUUAGUCUCCCAUGGUACCGACUCUCACAUGGUAUUGGUUUCUUUGAAGGACAAGCAUAUUGAUGGUGCUAGGGUUGAAACUAUCUGCGAGAACAUCAAUAUUGCCUUAAACAAAAAUUCCAUUCCAGGUGAUAAGUCUGCUUUAGUACCAGGGGGUGUAAGGAUUGGUGCUCCUGCAAUGACAUCCAGAGGCUUGGGAGAAGAGGACUUCAAAAGAAUAGUGUCUUACAUUGAUUUUGCGGUCAACUACGCUAAGGAUUUACAAGCUCAAUUACCUAAAGAGGCUAACAAAUUGAAAGACUUCAAGGCAAAGGUUAUUAACAGUGAUGAUCCUAAAUUGAAGGCAGUCAAAGCCGAGAUAUCGGAAUGGGCUGGUGGUUUCCCUUUAGCAGUUUGA